CUCCCCUACCCUUUGACUUCCUACUUCUAUCGCUAUUUGCUGGCGUGAUGUUUGAAGAGUCUCUGUUCUCAGCUAGUUGUGUGACAGGAUGUAUGAGAAAUUACCACCGUGCUUGAGUUUCAUUUUAAGUGGUUUUAAGGAAGAGACGGACAGGAUUCUUUGACAAGAACGGAAGAUCUCAGCAUGACUUCAGAGGUCACUUAUGCUGAAGUGAAGUUUAAUAAACCCAAGUCCUCAGGCACCAAAUCAGAGCCUCCUGCAGCUCCCAAAGAGACCAACCUUCACCAAAGUGGCCAUAGUUUUUCCAAGCUACUUCUUACAUCAUUGCUGAUACUUCUGCUACUUUUGGCAAUCUCAUUUUUGAUCGCUUUUCUCUUUUAUUUUCAAAAAUGUUCUUAUGUUCAUAAAGAAGAAAAGGCUACACGAGAACUCACUCACACAGAAUUGGAAUGUGUGAAAGAAAAUUCGACCCCAGAAGGGAAAGACUGGAGCUGCUGCCCAAAGAGUUGGGGGCCAUUUAGUUCUAACUGCUAUUUUAUUUCUAAUGGAGCUAAUUUUUGGAAUGAUAGUGAGAAGGAAUGCUUAAGAAUGAACGCUCACCUGCUGGUGAUCAACACCAAAGCUGAGCAGGAUUUCAUCACCCAGAAACUGGAAACUCGCUAUGCUUAUUAUAUGGGCCUGUCAGACAAGACAUUGCCAAUGGGAGAAAGACACUGGCAAUGGGUUGAUCAGACACCAUACAACGAAAGUGCCACAUUCUGGCAUGGAGGUGAACCCAACAAUCCUAAUGAGCAUUGUGUUAUGCUAAAUGCUGUUUCAAAAAAAUGGGGCUGGAAUGAUAGUCCUUGUAAUGAGCGUCACAAGUUUAUUUGCAAGAUGAUGAAGAUCUACUUGUAAAAUGGAACACUCUCCAUGACCAUGGGGUUGAAUCGGUAUCCUAUAUCAUAGAGAUAGCUAAUAUAUUCUUGUUAUUCAUAUGUCUUGUUUAAGGAUCUUAAUAGAAUUUUCCAGAAGGUUGUGCACACAUUCAUUCAUUUAUUCAUUCAUGAAAUUUAAAGGGAGCAAAAUUUGCCACUCCCAAAUGUCUUUUUGGCAUGUGUAUUAUUUCGAGCUGAAAAUAUUAGUCAGUGCUAGAACUUUACUUUCCAUCUUUUUAUAAAUGUCAUUCAUAGCCUAUUUUCUUUCAUCUUUCCUUUGAGUACCAGCAAUUAUUUGUGUAUUAUGAUUUUAUGUAAGAUUUGUAUCUAAAGAGUGAGAUUAAAAUGAAGAAGUAUCCAGGUGUGUACCAAUUAACAGAAUUGUGAAAAUAAUAAACAGCUGUUUUAAACCA